AUGACUUCGAAAGGUAAAGAGUUGUACAAUACAAUCAGGCGAUCGCUGGGCUCAUCGUCAUUCAACGCAGCCACUUCAUCGGGUGGAGUGAACGGAGUGAAAUAUUUGGGUGGUUCAAGUAGCAGUAAACAGUGGAUACAUCCACCAGAUAUUUUGUUGAAUGGCCGUGUGGAAUAUUCAGUGAAAAUGCUUGGUACCACGGAGGUGAGUGAACCAAAAGGAACGCAUGUAAUACGCGAUGCUAUUCACGCAAUUCGAUUUCAGUUACAGGUUGAAAUUUGUCGGAUUUGUUUUUGA